CCGGAACCUAUCAGCAACAUCUAUUUGUCAGAUUUCCAGAUUGAUCUCUGCAACACAAACAUGGCGACCACCAUCACCCUUUUCCACGAGAAAAUGAAGGACAAAUGGGGGAAGAUCAACGAUGUAGACUCAAACGAGGUUUCUCAAAACGGUGCAGUGGAUGCCGAGAAAACUGCCAACGGCACGCCCCAAACAAGCAAUGGCGACGUUAAACACGAACUGAAGAGCAAAUGGCCAGUGGCCCUUGAUCUUUUCGGAUCCAACCUCCCCUGCCGCCUUGAAGGUGAAGUCGCUGAUCUUGUCGUACUUGGCACCAUACCGAAGGAGAUCGAUGGCACUUUCUAUCGAGUCAUGGUCGACCCGUUCGUUCCACCAGUAGAGGGCAACGUGCCAAUCGACGGCGACGGCAACAUAUCAGCCUUCCGCUUCCAUAACGGCAGAGUCGACAUGAAGACAAGAUAUGUCGAGACAGAACGCUACAAACUCGAACGUCGAGCCGGAAAGGCUCUCUUCGGGCUCUACCGCAACCCAUUUACCCACCACCCCUGCGUCCGAGCCGCAGUCGACAGCACAGCAAAUACAAACCUCAUGCUCUGGGCCGGAAAACUUUUGGCCAUGAAGGAAAGUGCCCUGCCUUACGCCGUGGACCCGGAAACUUUAGAAACUCUAUCCUACGACCCUUUCGGCGCUCCCGGAAUGGCCAUGACUGCACACCCAAAAUACGAUCCUUUCACUGACUCCCUCGUCUGUCAUGGCUACGAAGCCAAAGGCCUUGCUACGGACGAUAUCGUCUCCUACACCAUCGACCGUAAAGGCAACAUCAAGAAUGAAUUCUGGUGCAAAUCGCCUUUCGAAGCAAAUCGUCCAGGUCUUAUCCACGACUGCGUAAUCACAAAAUCCUGGCUCUUGCUCUUCGUUUGGCCAUUCGAUGCUUCCAUUGAGCGCAUGAAGAAGGGGGGUCAUCAUUGGGCCUACAACUAUGAGCGCGGAAACACGAUCAUUGUCAUUCCUCGAGAUGCUGAGAACCCUCCCUGCGGAUGGGCAAAGGGUGAAACUCGACAUUACACUUGGGAUAACUGCAUGGCGACCCAUACAUCUGCUGGUUGGGAAGAUGAAUCCGAUCCCAGCAAGAUUACCGCGGAGAGUAUUAGGAUCGGCGAUAAUGCUUUCCCAUUCUUCCCGGCUGAGAGUGGCAGGGAACCCUCCAAAGAUACGAAGGUGGAUUUUGUACGCUGGGAGAUCGAUGUGACGAAACCUGAUGGAACCCGACUUCCCGAUCCGAGGGUCAUUCUCGACUGUCCCAUGGAAUUCCCUAGAAUUGAUGAACGAUUGAUGGGACGACAGUACAACGUCGUGUGGGGAUGUGUCUUUAUCAAGGAGAAUUCGACUGGCGGUCUGAACAAGUUUUCUGGGUUGAACGGCAUUGCGCAAAUCGACCAUAGGACUGGAAAGACGAGAUGGUACUAUGCAGGUGAUGACAGUUUGGUUCAAGAACCGGUUUUCGUUCCGAGGAAUGAGAAGGCGGCGGAAGGGGAUGGGUGGGUCAUUGCGUUGGUGGAGAGGACUAAGAUCGGGAGGUGUGAUGUUGUGAUUCUUGAUACGAAGGAUUUUGAGAGGGAGGUUGCCAUUGUGCAGUUGCCGUUCCAUAUGAAGGCUCAGAUUCAUGGCAAUUGGGUCAGCGCUGAGGAUCUUGGUGGUUACAAGCCGCUUGUCAGGGAGAUUCCUGAGUUUGAGAUUUCGAAGCGUGGGGCUUUGGAGCCUUAUGUGUGAGGUGAGGAACAGUCGAUUGUGCUGAUAUCUGGGGAAUAGCAUGUCCGCUGGGAUCUCUUGUCAUCAUUAGUCUCGCAAAUCAAUUCUCAUCGCUUUCGAUCGUCGUACACAUCGCCUGCUUCUAAUUCGGCAGCUUCUCUCCUGUCACCUGGCACUUCGUUUCGCAUUGGGCUUUGAACCAUCAAGUAU